AGCGAUGUGAGGUGUGCGAGUGAACAUGUUGCGUUUGCUGGAAUAUUGUGGCCGUUGGUUGAUACAGACGUGAAUACGGCAGUUUACAGUUCUGCCUAGUUGGCGGUGAAGAACCUGGUAUUACAUGACUUCUGCCCUGGCGAACUGAAUCAGGUUUCAGGAUGAGGCCAUCUAGAGCCCAAGUGGAAGCAGCCGUUGGCAUUAUCAUGCGGGUGCCGGGCUUGUUUAUUAUUGACUACUGGUGGCAGCAUGACCGAAAUAAGUCGGUGCCGCAGUCCAUGUCGCUUCCUGGAGUCCUGAACGCAGUGCUGACCAACCUAGUUCUUGUCCACGGCUUCCUUUUGCUGUUGCUGCCCAUUCCACGGGUGCGCUCUCUCUACACCAACUUUGUGAGCGCGCUGCUGCUGCUCAGCUCUCAUCUCCUGUCAAAGUACUACAUCCAGAUGGAGACAAGUCUGUCGCGACAUCUGGAUGUUGAUGAAAGCUUUGCCCGAAGGCAGCUGACUGCCUUUCUGGCCCACAUUGUGUUGGCCUGCAUGGUGUUCGCGCUGCUAGAAAGCCGUUCACGGCCCAUGCUUCCCAUCUUGUCCUGUUAUACCCUUCCUGUUCUGGCUCGUGUGCUGGACUUUCCCCCAGAGUCGCUUGAAGUCCUCCAUAAUUUUGGCAAUGCACUGAUGUGUGUCAGUGUUGCGUGUUAUCUAUAUAGCCAGGUACCAUCAUUGAUCAGCUUCUUGAAAGACACUUACCUGGACACACUGCUGCUGACCAUGCGCUUUGGCUGGAUUGGUCUGAUGACACUAUUUUGGAACAAGCUAUUUGUGCCAACCCAUUUUCUUGUGUUUUGGCUGAUUGAGUUUUGUGUAAAGUUGGCAGAAAGUUACCCUACUUGGGAGAGCCCAUGGUAUCUGCUAGCUUUAAGCUCUGCUAGCAAUGUCUGCUCCAGUCCUGUGACUUUGGUUGCCUCAUCAGUAACAGUCUCCUAUUUGGCUUACUUCACACUGUCGGGAACCAAGGCAUUUUUGCAUGGGAGCUUUACGUUUCUGAAUGACAAUCCACUGCACAGCGGCUGGACAGAGGGCAUCACCAUGCUCUUACUGGCCCUGCAGACUGGCCUUACUGAAAUCAAGAUGCCCAGCCGAGUGGCAGUACUGCUCAUCAUUUUGUUCAUUGUCAUGUCAUCUAUGCUUCAGUCAGUGCUGGAGAUUACAGAGCCAGUGGUGUUGGCUUUGAGUGCAUCACAGAGUCGGCAGGUUGGACGACAUGUUCGGACCUUGGGCAUGUGCACCUUUCUUGUUGCUUUCCCAUUGCAUAUCACUUGGCGAUUGUCUACUCUCUUCCCCAUUGAUUUUUGGAUGAUGAUUGUUCUCUCCUCUUGCAUCCUCACCUCUGUACAGGUAGUGGGUCUGCUAGUCAUCUAUGGUUUGUUUGUGUAUGAUGCAUGGCGCACGGAACCUUGGGAGGCUUUGGAUGAUGUCAUUUAUGUGGCUCGAGCAGUGACGAAAAUUCUGGAGUUUUUGGUAGCUCUAUUUGUUGUAGGAAUGGGUUUCUGGGAAUCCACAACAGGCAAGUGGAAUUGGGCUAAUGCAUCCAUCCUGCUCGUCCACUGCUACUUCAACGUGUGGCAGCGCAUGCAAGCUGGUUGGAAGAGUUUCCUUCUGCGCCGUGAGGCUGUGCGGAAGACUGAGUCUCUUCCUGAGGCAACACCAGAGCAGCUCUUGUUGCACAACGAUGUCUGCUCCAUCUGCUACUCCGAGAUGCGAUCAGCUUGCAUCACGAAGUGCCAGCAUUUCUUUCAUCGAACAUGUCUUCGCAAGUGGCUGUACAUACAAGACAAGUGCCCGCUCUGUCAUGCUCACGUCUCUUUGGAAAACGGAGAGCUUGGGCUUGUGAGUGAUCCUGAACCACCUGCGGCACCAAAUGAGACCAAUCAUACAGAUGUCUCCUGAAGCAACUAUGCCGACUAUUCCACUUGUGCCAUGCGCAGAUAAACGUUCCAUUUUGUUCCCACUUGUGCCCCUUGUUUUAUAGAAGUGGUGCUACUGGGAGCUGCUUCUUGGGGACCCCUUGUAACAGUGAGAAAAUGUGAUGCCCUUCUAUGGCCAUAGUGCCCUCCACAGCUCACAUCACUUCCGGGAACACAACUCUUCCAUUGUUACUUCAACUCAUGUAAAUACUGUUUACUUGCUCUUUGAUGUGUACAGCGAUAGUGUUCUGAAUGAAUAAAAAAAGAUGUAAUCUAA